GGGCUCAAAUUCUUUUUGAGUUGGUCUCUCGCUAUAUGUAGGCCAAACUGGAAACGACGCCGUUGCCGGGUCUCUCCGGAAUUGAAGUACGUCGUCGUCGUCGUCGUCAGCCUCAUCAUCAACACUUUUUCUAAACAAAAAAGUCUUGCAGACUUUAUAUUUUUGCUUCCUCUCUUCGCAAUAAAUCUACCCAAAAAAUCAAAAAUAAACGAAAAUCCAAGAAAAAGAAAGAAAGAAAGAAAGAAAGAGAACAAUAAAGAUUAAAGGCAGAUAGAGAAAAAAAAUUCUUUGCUUUUCUUUGAUUUUGUUUUAAAUAAAUAGAGAAGGAGAUGUUGGAGAAGAUCGGAUUGCCAGCAAAACCAUCUUUGAGAGGGAAUAAUUGGGUGGUUGAUGCUUCACAUUGCCAAGGAUGUUCUUCUCAGUUCACCUUCAUCAAUCGCAAGCAUCACUGCCGAAGGUGUGGGGGUAUAUUUUGCAGUACUUGCACACAGCAAAGAAUGGUUUUGCGUGGGCAGGGUGAUGCCCCUGUACGUAUUUGUGAACCUUGUAAAAACCUAGAAGAAGCCGCUCGAUUUGAGUUGCGCCAUGGAUACAAAAGUAGAGCUGGGAGAGGUAGUUUGAAACCAGUUGCAAGAGAUGAGGAUGACGUUUUGAGCCAGAUUCUAGGUGCUGACAGUAAUGAGUCGUCUUCAUCAGGAUUAGCUUCCAAAAAUGACUUGACUCCUAGUGUUCAAAGGGCAACAAGUAGUAGUUCAUGUUCCAAUGUUCAAGUAGUUAUCACUCAUGAUGGGGGAGGAGAAAUACGUAGAAGUCAGUCCGUUGAUCAGCUUAUGCAGAAUGAGAUGACAUCAUCCAGUCCUGAGGAAUUGCGCCAGCAAGCAUUGGAUGAGAAAAGGAAGUAUAAAAUUCUAAAAGGAGAAGGGAAACCUGAGGAAGCUCUAAGAGCCUUUAAGAGAGGGAAGGAACUAGAGAGGCAGGCUGAGUCUUUGGGGAUAUAUAUAAGAAAAAACCGUAAAAAAAAUUUGGUGUCUGGAAACAUGUCUGAGCUACAGAAUAAAGAUGCCACUAAAGAAUCUAGUAGAAAGAAUAAGGUCCCUCAUCCAACAGGUGGGGAUAAGGGUGACCUGGCUGCUGAACUCAGGGAAUUGGGGUGGUCUGAUAUGGAUCUACGUGAUGACGAUAAAAGAUCCACAAGUAUGAGUUUGGAGGGUGAACUUUCUUCUCUUCUGGGAAAAAUUCCUAAGAAGAUUAAUGCCCAUGGCUCUGAAAAGAGCCAGGUUGUUGCCAUUAAAAAAAGGGCUCUUAUGUUGAAGCGUGAAGGGAAGCUUGCAGAAGCAAAGGAAGAACUGAAGAGAGCUAAAGUCUUAGAGAAGCAAGUCGAGGAACAAGAGCUAUUGGCUGCCGCUGAAGAUUCUGAUGAUGAGCUAUCUGCAAUAAUCCAUAGUAUGGACAAUGAUAAACAGGAUGAAAUCUUAAUCCAGUAUGAGCAUAUGCAAGGCCUUGACUUUGAUUACCUUGAGGGAACUACUGAUGAUCUUGGUGUUGAUAGUAAUUUUGAAGUAACUGAUAAGGAUAUGGAGGAUCCAGAAAUUGCUGCUGCUCUGAAAUCACUAGGUUGGACUGAGGAUUCUAAUCCUACUGAAGAUGUUAUGGCUCAGUCUGCUCCUGUUAACAGGGAGGCACUGUUAAGUGAAAUUCUUUCUUUAAAAAGAGAGGCUCUUAGACAAAAGCAGACAGGUAAUCUUGUAGAGGCAAUGUCUCAGUUUAAGAAGGCAAAGUUACUUGAGAAGGACCUUGAAAACUUUGAUUCUCAACCGGAGAAUUUGACAGUUAAUCAAAAUGGCCCAUCCCCUCACACUGCUGAUGUAUCAGUGAAGUCAGUUAAGUUGGGUGAUGAAAAUGUUAAUGCUAUGAAAGAUGUGGAUUUGAAACCUUCACCAAAGAGUAGAUUGAUGAUUCAGAAAGAGCUUCUGGGUUUGAAGAAGAAAGCCCUUGCUUUGAGAAGGGAAGGAAGAUUAGAUGAAUCAGAGGAAGAAUUGAAGAAGGGCAAGAUUCUUGAGCGCCAGCUUGAAGAAAUGGAGAAUGCUUCCAACAUGAAGGUUGCACAGGUAACUACUGGCAGUAAGGGGAAGGAUUUGACAGACGAGUGUCCUAAUGUAUCAGAAACUCUGCCAGUUGAAGGAGAUGUUACAGAUCAAGACAUGAAUGAUCCAACAUAUCUUUCAAUCCUAAGGAACUUAGGUUGGAAUGACAAUGAUGAUGAGCUUUCAAACUCUUUGCCGAAACAUUCUAAACAAAAAGAUUCUGAGCAAAUUAUUGAAUCUUCUUUGACCCAUUUUCCUCUUAAAAUCCCAGCUAAGGCAUCAAGAAGAACUAAAGCUGAAAUACAGAGGGAGCUACUAGGCUUGAAAAGGAAAGCUCUUUCUCUAAGGCGCCAAGGAAAUACUGAUGAGGCAGAGGAAGUGCUGGAAACAGCAAAAGCAUUGGAGGCUGAGAUGGCAGAGAUGGAGGCACCAAAGAAAGUGGUUGAAUCAAAGUGGCCAAACGAAAAAGCCACUGUACCUCCCCUUAAAGGUUCUAGGAAAGAAGCAGAUGAAGAGAAUGUUGCAGAGAAUGAUAUGACUGAUCCAGCUAUGCUCUCAAUACUAAAAAAUUUGGGUUGGAAGGAUGAAGAACUUGAACCUGUAACUAUGCAAGAAAAGUACUCUAAAAAUCUUGCCCGUGAGUCUUUACAUUCCAGCCAUCUAUCCGUCAGUCAACCCUUUUCAGGCAUUUCAAUUUCACCACCAAGAAGUAAAGGGGAAAUCCAAAGAGAACUUCUGGGUUUGAAAAGAAAGGCUCUUGCACUUAGACGAAAUGGGCAAGCUGAAGAGGCUGAGGAAUUGUUGGAAAGGGCAAAGAUACUGGAAGCCAAAAUGGCAGAAUUGGAAGCUUCGAAAGGUGAGCUGGUGCUUGAUUCGUCCAAGGACAGUAAACCUGUGAACUUUGAAUCAUUUACUAACCUUGAGAGGCAAGGGAAUGAAGUGACAGCAAAGAAGGGGGCAGUUGCAGUGGCAGUGGGACCAAGUGAAACAGUUGUACAAUUAUCAAUGGGUUUAGGAAGAGUGGAGAGUGAUAGAGAUAGUCCUACCCUGAGGAAUUCCGAUCUGUUAUUUCCUGCAACCUCCAGGCCUGUACAAGACAACCAACCCUCAUUAGAAAAAUUGGAUCUCUCAGGUGCAAUGGGACUUCUAGGUGGUGAGGGAAAAGUUGAAAUUACCAGUUGUGUCCCUCCAUCCGACCAGUCUGCAAACAUAUUGGACUUGUUGACUGGCGAUGACCUGACAAGUUCACAGAUAUCAGUGAAAUUUGAAGAGAAAGGUGAUUUUGGAUCCAAGUUCUCUUCUCUUGAUAGAGCCAAUGUUCAGUUGGCUUCCCUAGAUCUUAGAACCAAUGAUGAAUAUAAAACAGGAAACGGUAGAGUGGUUAACGGAGAGCAGAAGUCAUAUGCAGUUGAUGUGAGUUCAGUUCAGGGAUGUAGUUCUCAGAACAACCAAGAUUCACUGAGGCAAGCAGUUUUGUGUCACCAGAAGAAGGCACUUGCUUUGAAGAGAGAUGGAAAAUUGGCAGAAGCUCGAGAAGAACUUAGGCGGGCAAAGCUGUUGGAGAAGAGUCUGGCAGAAGAUGGCACUCCACCAAAAUCUGGUGCAAAUGAUGUGUCAAAAUCUGCGUCCACUGUUCGCUCUAAUGCAGAAAAGGAGCUGGGUGCAUCAAGCUUGCCUCUGAAACCACUGUCUGGGCGUGAUCGCUUCAAGUUGCAACAGAAAUCCCUCAGUCAUAAGCGCCAGGCUUUGAAGCUGCGAAGAGAAGGUCGUAUGCAGGAAGCAGAAGCUGAAUUUGAAUUAGCCAAGUCUAUAGAAGCACAGUUGGAAGAGUCGGCUGCUCAUGAUUCAACAAAGUCUUCUAGCAUUGGGUCAGAACCAGUAGAUGUUGUUGUUGAAGAUCUUCUCGAUCCUCAACUUUUGUCUGCCCUGAAAGCAAUUGGAUUGGAUGAUUCCAGUGUUGUGGCUCGUGGCCCAGAAAGACGAGAGCUCGUAAAACCCAAUGCUGCCAAAACUGAAAAUGUUGACCAAGAAAGAAUUCAAUUGGAAGAGCGGAUUAAGGCAGAAAAGGUAAAGGCAGUAAACUUGAAAAGGUCAGGCAAACAAGCUGAGGCUUUGGAUGCACUUCGGAGGGCCAAAAUGCUGGAGAAAAAGCUGAAUUCCUUGUCUUAAUAAUAAUAAAUGUUAUAAAAUUCCUUUUUCAGCUGGGAAAAUUUUCAUGGCUGGAUUGAGGUACAUAGUAUUUGAGGUCACCAUUUCAAAGCAAAAACAGCUACGAUGAUUUAUCUUCAUCUCAAGCAUGUAUGCUAAAUUUUCAUCAUAGAUUUGUAGAUGGAAAAUGUGUCUUUAUUUGUAUGUUCCGUAACAUUUGUGAUAAAAAAAUGCAAAACCCUUUCGUAUUACAACACAAUAAAAA